AUGUCACUAUCCAGUACUCUCGCUAAUACAGACCAAACUCCUCAACUAAAGAGAAGAAAGUUGGAUCAACCUGUACCGAUAUAUCCAACAAAGACAACAGCCAUGUCCUCCAACAACAGCUUUAUUAACCAGCACGGUACCAUCGUCAACAACACCAACGGCACCAUCACACCUAACACGUACGCCGGUGUGACCGACGACGUUGAGAUGCUCACAGAAGAAAGCUUCUCCAAGAAGCACACUUCUCUCGAAUGUCCUUGUGGACACCUUCAUGGACCGGGCCAGGGCCACGACCAUGACAUUGCAGCCGUUGGCUUCUUAGCAGAGCCUUUGUUGCGUGGUCCAGAAUAA